AUGCAUAGAGCAAUUCCACGAAAUUUCAGACUUUUAGAUGAGCUUGAAAGAGGCGAAAAAGGUCUUAGAGACCCCAAUAUCAGUUAUAGCCUUGAAAGAGCUGAUGAUAAUACAUUAAGUAACUGAAGAGGCAUGAUAAUCGGCCCAUCAGGGAGUGUUCACGAAGAUAGAUUUUACUCAUUGCAUUUCCAUUGCAGUGAAAACUAUCCACAAGAAGCUCCACAAGUAAGAUUUCUGACAAAAAUAAACAUGAAUUGUAUUAAUAAGUGUAAUGGCUCAAUUGACCCGUCACAAUUUCGAAUUCUCGGAAAUUGGAAUUCUUCCUAUACAAUUGAAUCAAUACUCAUUGAAUUAUAUAAAGAAAUGAAAAAUAUCUGUAAUAAGAAUCUGCCUCAGCCUCCUGAAGGUGAAUUCUUUUAA